UGAUUUGCAUGAUGUCGCGGUGAGGUCGUCCUCGCGAGGUUUCGCUGUCUGGGGAAGGAGAGUGAAGUUUUUUUUCAGUUCGGUAGUUGUCGGUUCCAACAAUUUUUCUCCGAAAAGUAGCCGGGACUGUGAUGUCUUUCCGGAUUAUUAUUUAACCCGACGCUUCUUUUUCUGAGUGGUUUAAAUUAGAAGAAAAUGAGCUUCCUUUUUGGGGUUCGAAAUAACAGAACUUUCAAACCGAAGAAGAAUAUUCCGGAAGGUUCCCAUCAAUACGAGCUGCUAAAGCAUGCUGAAGCAACUUUGGGAAGUGGUAACCUUCGUCAAGCUGUUAUGUUACCAGAAGGCGAGGAUCUAAAUGAAUGGAUUGCUGUCAAUACUGUCGACUUCUUCAACCAAAUCAACAUGCUGUAUGGAACAAUAACAGAGUUUUGUACAGAACAAAGCUGUCCUGUGAUGUCAGCAGGACCAAGAUAUGAAUACCAUUGGGCUGAUGGCACAAACAUUAAAAAACCAAUUAAGUGUUCUGCUCCAAAAUACAUUGAUUACCUGAUGACAUGGGUACAGGACCAGCUUGAUGAUGAGACCCUCUUUCCUUCGAAAAUAGGAGUGCCGUUUCCUAAAAAUUUCAUGUCUGUGGCCAAGACCAUUCUGAAGCGGCUGUUCAGAGUCUACGCUCAUAUUUAUCACCAGCAUUUUGACUCUGUGAUGCAGCUUCAGGAAGAGGCCCAUCUUAAUACUUCCUUCAAGCACUUCAUAUUUUUUGUUCAGGAAUUUAAUCUGAUUGACAGGAAAGAGCUUGCUCCACUCCAAGAUCUAAUUGAAAAACUUGGAUCAAAGGACAGAUGAGUGUUCUUUAAAGGAUUGGAACCAUUUUUUCCACAUCAGCGUGAUCUUAGUGCUUCUCUUUUUCUACCUUCAAGAUCCCCAUUUCCUGCACAUACACAGUAUGAUGUGUGAUCAUUGUGAGCAUGCUCUGUGGAAAAAUCCAUUGUCUCUGUAAUUGUUAAAUAGUACUUCAAUAUUUAGGAUGAAUAACCUUUGGAUAAACAAGUCAAUAAGCUGUUGGUUCUAGCCAGAUGUCAGUGUUCUGAAGAACAUGACAUGUUGAAAAGUUCUAGACGAUCAUAUUAAGGAUGUUGCAAUAUUGAUUUUGUUUUUCUCUAGGUAUGACUAGCAGACUUAGCAAAAUGUGUUGGUUAAAGCAUGCUCAAGACAUUUAGGGAGGAGAAAACUAUUGCUGUGUUAGUUUGAUACUUUAGGAUUCUUGAUGGAUGGAUUUGUAGUCUGGAUUCCUGGUUUCUGCAUGCUCCAUCUUCUUGUGCUUUUUAUUUGAGGGAACAUGGAAAACUCUGAUUUUUGUCCUCAAAUUGAAAGCAAACUGGAACUUGUGCAGGUUGAAUGUAUGUUUUAAAUGGGUUGAUUUGCAGUGUGACUGCAGGUUGUUCGUGCUGCAAAUAGACCAAUUAAUUGUAGACUAGUUAAUUGUACACAGUCUCUAAAUGUACUUCUUGAAUUUAAAAGAUAGGGGAAAAUUUUUUGAACUUUGCAUACACAUACAUUUAUACGCUGAUCUCUAACAGAUUUGAUGGUGUUUUGAUUGACUCAGUGAGGCAUGUUUGUCCAUGUCUUAGGCUGACAGUACAGCGAUUUGAAAAACAGUUACUGAAAGCCUGAAUUUUUCAAAAUUUUUAUUCAGAAUUACUCAACUACUUAAACUUCAGUUAAUUUCCUCACAUGAGUAAUUGGUUUUAAAUUGAAGACACGUGUUCAAAUGGUUUUGCUUGAGGAAUGUCAAAGUAGCACAGUGACAUAUUGCAGAAGAAAAAGUACCACUACUUGGUUUUCUCUUAACCCCUAAAAAUUCCCUAUGAAAUACAUGUACCAAGCAGUCAACAUACUGUCUGUAACCAGCUGACGAUUGUACGAAUUUACUGUUGUCAUUUAAAGCUCUCCUGUUGUUUGGUUUCUGACAACACAUUUUCUGAACCACUUUUUGUGAUUUCUAAAUUGCCACUCAGUUUGACUCUCUUGUGACUGUAAUUUUGGAUUAUAACACAGAGCAUGUACGAUUGCAUAUUGUGAAAACUGUGUUGCCUUUAUUUCUUAUGUUAUUAGAUGCACUUUGGGGACUGUGCCCAGUUGCCUUAACUAGACUACUUUUUCAAAACUUGGUCAGUCAUGCUUUAAUAUUGAAUAUUUUUUUUAAUGUUUUUACACACAAGGUGAAUAAGAAACUUUGCAGCAGGAUGUAACUUUUUAACCUGUGAUUGCAUUAUAGCAAUAGUCACGGGAAAAGGGGGUCUUUUUUAAAAAAAAAAAUCUAGCAAUAAUGUGCUUUAAGUAUAUGGCAAUUUUGUUUUUAUAUAUUUUAAAUAUCAUUGUCCAAAUAUGGGCGACUACUGAAAAUAACCACCUGCCAGAUCUAAGCAUUUUAAAUUGUAUUUUGCUGCGAUCCAAGCUCUGGAAUAGUUUCCCUGUUUAAUGGUCGAGAAGAAUUGAACAGUCUUGGCAUUUCAGUCACUUGCAUUCUUCUUAUCAAAUGUUGCUGUUAGUUCUUUUCUGUUGAGCACAAUAAAAAGGUUGAGGAAGUUUACGAUUGAAUUUAAA